GACCCGGAACUGCCGACCACGCCUCCUCCAGCGCCCGCGUGACGCUCCCGCUCCCGCGGGGGCGGGGCGUCUGCCGCGCGUGCGCAGACGCGACGGCGAGCGGCGUCGUUACUUUUGAAAGGAGAGGCGGGAGCCGCCGCGGAGCCCCGCGGAGCCGUGCGGUCGCCGAGUGCUGGGGCCGCGCGCCGCGGCCGGGGGCCUGGCCAUGGCGCGGCAGCUCUCCCGGGAGCAGGGCAUCACCCUGCGUGGGAGCGCCGAGAUCGUGGCCGAGUUCUUCUCAUUUGGCAUCAACAGCAUUUUGUAUCAGCGAGGCAUUUAUCCCUCGGAAACCUUCACUCGAGUGCAGAAGUACGGACUCACCUUGCUCGUAACUACUGACCCUGAGCUCAUGAAAUACCUAAACAAUGUGGUGGAACAACUGAAAGACUGGCUGUACAAGUGCUCGGUCCAGAAACUGGUGGUGGUCAUCUCGAAUAUCGAAAGUGGCGAGGUCCUUGAACGGUGGCAGUUUGACAUCGAGUGUGACAAGACUGCCAGAGACGACAGCGCGCCCCGGGAGAAGCCCCAGAAGGCGAUCCAAGAUGAAAUCCGCUCGGUGAUCCGACAGAUCACGGCCACCGUGACGUUCCUGCCGCUGCUGGAGGUCCCCUGUUCCUUCGAUCUGCUGAUCUACACGGACAAGGACCUGGUGGUGCCCGAGAAGUGGGAGGAGUCGGGGCCGCAGUUCAUCGCCAACUCGGAGCAGGUGCGCCUGCGCUCCUUCACCACCACCGUCCACAAGGUGAGCAGCAUGGUGGCCUACAAAAUCCCCGUCCUCGACUGAGGGCGGGCGGCGGCGCGAGCGGGCCCUCCGGCGCGCGCUGCCUGGCACCGGUCAGCGACGACG